GAACAUUGAGCUUCUGAUUAGUUUGAGCUUUUUCGUUUUUCUGAACUGCUCGGAAUAUGGUUUGCUUCUGCUUCCUGGUGGAUCAGAGGAGGAAGGUGAGGAGGAGCAAGCCGGCGGCCGGAACGUGCUCGCGGUGUGGCCACGGAGCCAGCGUGGCCGACAUGAUGACUCAGACGAGGUUUUGUUAUGUUCCGUUCUACUGGAAAAACUGGAAGGCCAUUAUCUGCACUUUCUGUGGAGCCAUGCUCAAGUCUUACAGAUGAGCUCAUAUGUGUCUGUCCCGCGUAAUGUAUAAUAAUCACCCAGAAUAGUAAAUUUUUUGCCGCUCUUCCUCUUCUUUCUUCGGAAUCAUAAAUCUGCGAUAGAGAUUGUUAAUCAGUUUGAGUUACAGAGCUGCGAGCCGUGACGACAACGUUGUAAAUAUAAUGAAUUACAUAGUCUGGGUACGACAAAUGAUCAGAUCAGAGA